AUGGGGAUCAUUCAGAUUGCAGACUUCGAUCUGUCUAUUCGGGCAGAGCCAGUUCGAAUGCAUUCCGGUGCCAUUGAGGGAGAAAUCUACCGAGCCCCAGAGGCAAUACUGAAUACAGGCUACACAUACUCUGCCGACACUUGGAGCCUAGGGGUCAUGUUAUGGGACUUGCUCAAGGGAAAGGGUCUUUUCAAUUCUCCAGCCCCCGGCAACGCGGAUGAAUAUGACGACCAAUCGCACCUGGGCCAGAUUUCUGGCUUGAUCGGACCUCCACCGCAAAGUCAACUGUCUAGUGGCCAAAGAACUUCCAUGUUCUACAAAUCCAACGGCGAGCUCAAGAAUCCUGGCCUUGUCCCAGCCCCUGGCGAUUUUAGCUUUGAGAAUACCAUCAGUUACAUGAGCGGCGAGGAGAAGGCCAGGUUUAUUCGAUUCAUCAAGAGAAUGGUGAAAUGGAGUCCAGAGGAGAGAAGUACUGCAAGAGAGCUGCUUGAUGACCCGUGGUUGUAUGAAGAUUUCCCCCAAGACUAG